AUGGCUGCUUCCUUCACUCGCCUGGCGGGCAGCGCGCCCAAAAGGCUCUGCCUCCGCCCGUCGAGCUUCUCCAGAAACACUGCUAUCCCCAGAUCCCGGACGAUUUCGACGUCGCUGCCUCGCCGGUACGCAGAGCCCACCAGCUACCAGGCCACCCGUCUCAUCCCGGCCGACCCGACCUUCACAUCUCUGGCCAACAAGGAGGGCCCUUCGGAGGCUGAUGUGGGCGCCGCCCUCGAGUCCGAGGACUCUGGAGCCGGCCGCAAGAUCCGCCAUUACACUGUCAACUUCGGUCCCCAGCAUCCUGCUGCUCACGGUGUGUUGCGUUUGAUUCUGGAGCUCAAUGGUGAAGAGAUCGUCCGCGCCGAUCCCCACGUCGGUCUGCUUCACCGUGGUACCGAGAAGUUGAUUGAAUACAAGUCCUACAUGCAAGCCCUGCCAUACUUCGACCGAUUGGAUUACGUCUCCAUGAUGACCAACGAGCAGUGCUUCUCCCUGGCUGUUGAGAAGCUGCUGAACAUUGAGAUCCCUGAGAGAGCCAAGUACAUCCGGACACUGUUCGGUGAGAUGACACGCAUUCUGAACCACCUCAUGUCCGUCCUUUCCCACGCGAUGGAUGUUGGUGCUCUGACUCCUUUCCUGUGGGGUUUCGAGGAGCGUGAGAAGCUCAUGGAAUUCUACGAGCGUGUCUCCGGUGCCCGUCUCCACGCUGCCUACGUCCGCCCUGGUGGUGUGUCUCAAGAUCUGCCCCUUGGUCUCCUCGACGAUAUCUACCAGUGGGCCACUCAGUUCGGUGACCGCAUUGACGAGACCGAGGAACUGCUCACGGAUAACCGUAUCUGGAAGGCCAGAACCCAGGGUGUUGGUGUCGUCAAGGCUGCCGAUGCUCUCAACAUGAGUUUCACUGGUGUCAUGCUGCGUGGUUCCGGUGUCCCCUGGGAUAUCCGUAAGUCCCAGCCUUACGAUGCCUACGACCAGGUUGAGUUCGACGUGCCCGUCGGUGUCAACGGUGACUGCUACGACCGUUAUCUCUGCCGUAUGGAGGAAUUCCGCCAGUCCCUCCGCAUUAUCCACCAGUGCCUGAACCAGAUGCCCGCUGGUCCUGUCCGCGUUGAGGACUACAAGAUCUCUCCUCCUCCCCGUGCGGCCAUGAAGGAGAACAUGGAGGCCCUGAUCCACCACUUCCUUCUGUUCACCAAGGGUUACGCCGUUCCUCCGGGUGAGACCUACUCCGCCAUUGAGGCUCCCAAGGGUGAGAUGGGUGUGUUCCUGGUCAGUGACGGUAGCGAGAGACCCUACCGCUGCAAGAUCCGUGCUCCUGGAUUUGCUCACUUGGGUGGUUUCGACCAAGUGUCUCGUGGCCACCUUCUGGCCGAUGCUGUCGCUAUUAUCGGAACAAUGGAUCUUGUGUUCGGUGAGGUUGACCGGUAG